AUGACUUCUACACGUCAAGGAUCAACAGAUGACCCCACGUUGAUACAGAGUCCAACUAUAAAUCAACCCUAUGUGGAAUCGCACUCCCAAGCAUCACUUCGACAAAGCCAAUCCAAUAAAUCCAAGAAUCAUUAUCGUCAUGGGGAACAACCUGUGGAACCAAAGCCGUUGCCAUUUAUUCACCGGUUCAUUACAAACUGGCUAAUCAUGGAUCCCGUUCUACUACAGAAAUAUCAUAAUAAAUCUCACCACAGCAAGAAUUAUGAAAUUGAAAAGAAUCCUGAAGUGAGAUUUGUCUUCUUCUUUGGCGGUCGAUUACGAAGCAUCAAGGGUAUACCAAUCAAUAUCAUAACUGGUGCAUUUGCCGUCAUCCCGAUAAUUAUUUAUUGUAUAUUUGAAGCCAAAUGGCAAUGGCAUCAUCUCCUGCCUGCAGUGGUGAUUACAUUCGUCUAUGUGUGGUUGCUUACAUUUUGUCAUUUUUGGAAAGCAGCCACAAGUGAUGCAGGUGUUUUGCCCAAAAAUCUACAUAUACCCAAAUCUAUAAACAAUGGGCGAGUCGAUAAUCCACCUGAUGAAUACUUUAACACCAUUACACUACCGUCAUAUGGGAGUUCCAAGGACGGUGUUUUGGUUAAAUAUUGUUCCACUUGCCAUAUAUGGCGACCCCCAAGGACAAGUCACUGUGGCACUUGCCAGGUAUGUGUGUUGAACCAUGACCAUCAUUAUAUAGCACCAUCACCACCGCCACAGCAUGAAGAAACACUACGACUGAACAGUCCUCAGCGUCACAGCCUAACUCAUAACUUAUCAUUCCAAUCGUUAGACAGCUAUCGAUUGCAUUCACCAACAUCAGACAAUAAUAAUGAUUCACGGCUGAGACAACGGGUUCCAUCACCGCCGCUGCCACUGGACCGACAUAUACAUAGCCAAUCACCUAGGAUACUAACAAGCCCUAUUCAUCUGCACCAUAGAAUCCAUCAUCUGCACCAUAGAAUCCAUCAUCCGCGACCUUUAGCUCGAUCGCAUCUGGCUCGUGGGUAUAUUUCACCAUAUUCAAGAUCGUUAACUCGCUCACCACUGAUUGACUCCGUUGAUCCAAUCGACGAAGUACAUCAAAAUCCUCAUCUCAUAAAUGCAGUACUCGCCCAGUCCCGGGCUGUAAGUAAUGAUUCAACGGACCAGACAAUAGGCACAGAAUCACAACAAGGUGCGCUAGCAUUGAACAGAGCAACAACUGCAUACACAACUGCAUAUAUACCCAAACCACGUGCAAAUAAUAUAUUAAACUUGUCGCAACGGGUCUUUACCUGGUUGUACUCCAUUUCGUUAGUUAUCAUAAUCAUUGUCAUGUUGUCUUUUAUUGCUGUUACACCCAUUGAUGUUAUUGUUCAAACGUUAAGGGCAACCAAUGCUAUUGCCGUCAAGACCUUUCUUGUGAUUAUAGUUUGUGUGGCAUUCUUAUUAUUCUCAUUGAUUAUGUACUUGGGAAGAGUCUAUUCAUUUCGAGUGGCCAUGAAUGAUGUGUCAUCAAAGUCGUUGUACAUCCCUUUUGAAAAUGAUUACCCGAAGGAUGUCUUUCGUUAUAUUGAUCUGAAAUUGAAAUACAGUGUUGAAGUAAGUCGAAGAGCCGGCCCUUUGAACCAAGAGUAUUCCAUCAAUCAUCCAGGACUAUCGCCUCCAGAAUACAUUCAAAAUCGUAAUCCAGGCUUGGAAGGGAAAUUAUUGCCGCCGAAUAUAUCUUAUGAAGAUGUGUUGCAAAGUUUAAGCGAUAAAUUUCAAGUUGGGAAGCUCUUUACUGUUGAGGAUCUACCAGUGAAUUUAUCAGUCAAGGAAAUUUUGUUAUCCAUUUAUAAACAAAUCUUGCAGGUUGAAGAGCCUAAUCAUUUAUCAAAGACUAUGCCAAAUAUCCCUAAAUUGAUUGCUACUUAUGAAAAAUGUCGUUUUAGUGGAGGGUUAAUUGACGAAAAUGACUUGUUCACCUUGAUGGUUGAAAUUGACAAAUAUGGGCAGUUGUGUCAGAAUGAUUUCCAACUGAAGUUGCCUCAAAAGAGAAGAAUGAUUAGAUCAAGUCAAUCGUCGAACAACUAUGAUGGAGGGUACCUCUCCAGUAACGAUUUACGAUACGGCAGUAGCCCCGUGUUUGGUGAUCUGAAUGAACCUGAUUAUGCUGCUGAGUAUGAUCAAUAUGGUUAUGACUACGACGAUUACGACGAGGAGGGAGUGUCGUCAACUACUGGUGAAGAGUAUGAGCCACAGAAAAUAAAGGAAGCUACUCAAAUGAAACCAUUCACGUUCAAGCCUCGUUAUAUAGCGCCAAAUCAAGGACCAGGUUAUGAUGAACAGCAGCAACAGCAACAACAACAGAGGCAAGAUUCACAUGAGCACAAGCAUGAAUAUGAACAGCUAUAUCGUCCGUUAAGAAGACAAUCAAGUGUCAGUUCUUCCAAGUCAGUGAUUCGUAACAAAAUAGCGUUGAAUCAUAGUACUAGCAGGCAUACAUUACUGAAUUUGACUUAUAAUGGAGGAGAUGGAAUGGGGGAUACUAGUUCCCUAUUUAGACAUCGUAGUGGAUAUGUUACAGAUUCAGAAAAUGAAGAUUAUGAUGAAGGUAGUACUGGUGCUGGUGGUGAUGUUGAUCAAUUUGGAUUUUAUCAUACUUCAAUUCCUCAAAUAUACGUUGGUGGAAAGGGGGAAGAAGAGGAGAAUAGUAAUGGUGAAAAUGAAGAAGAAGGCAGUGAUAAUGAUGAUCAAGAAAGCUUUUACCGCUUCAGAAGAAGAAAUAUCCAUCAAUCGAGGCCAAUAACUCCAGAAGGAUCACCAACUCGAUAA